AUUAGUGAUUUCUCCGUUCGGCUUAUACUUAGGUAUCCCGAAUACGAAACCCCGUCGUGCGCCUGACAAUCCCAAACUUGAGAGAAUAUACCGUGCAUCUCCAAAAAUAAAAAAGCCAGAACUUUUAGCAAAGAAGCUAGACCUGUCCGAGCGUGAGAUACAGCGUUGGUUCCGACUUCGUCGUGCGCAAGAGAAACCUUCAACCCUCGUGAAGUUCUCGGAAAACGCUUGGAAGGUUUGCUUCUACGUGUGCAACUUCUCCUUUGGCCUGUACACCCUAUGGGACAAAGAAUGGCUGUGGGAUAUAGACCAAUGUUACAUUGGUUAUCCCCAUCAGGGAUUAACAAACGACGUGUGGUGGUACUACAUGAUAUCAGCCGCAUUCUACUGGUCUCUCACCUUGUCUCAGUUCACGGACGUACGCCGCAAGGACUUUUGGCAAAUGUUCGUUCACCAUAUCGCCACUAUCGCCCUGCUAUCCUUCAGCUGGGUGUGCAACCUGCACCGCAUUGGUACCCUCGUGCUCUUACUGCACGACUGCGCUGACAUUUUCGUUGAGUCCGUGAAAGCUUCGAAGUAUGCAAAGUACCAGAAGCUGUGUGACGUUUUGUUCCUGAUGCUGAUCGUGGUUUGGAUCGCCACUCGCGUCGGUAUUUACCCCUUCUACCUAAUAUGGAGUACAUCGAUCCGCGCCCCGAUGCUGGUGCCGAUGUUCCCCGCCUACUACAUAUUCAACUCGCUGCUGUGCCUGCUGCUGGUGCUGCACAUAGUGUGGACGUGGCUCAUUCUGCAGAUCGCCCGCACCGCGCUACAGGCUGGACAGAUGGACGGUGACUUAAGGAGCUCAAGUUCUGAGUUGAGCGACAGUCCACAUAACUCCAACAAUAGCUCUCCAAGCAGGUUAAGGACUAAAAAGAACACAUAA